CAGAAAGGCCAAAAGAAAAAAAAAAUUUUUUUUCCUUCUUCUUUUUCACAAUUUGACAUUUCAACUUAAACAACUUGAACGAUGGGAAACGGUGCUAAAGCUCAGCAAAAGCGUGAACGUAACGCUAAGAAUCAAAAAGCAUCUGCUUCUUCUCAGUUAAAGGCUAACAAUGCUGCUAAAAACAUUAUUUGCAAGACUUGUUUCCAAACAUUCCUGUGUACCUCUCGUGAAAAAGCUUUAUCUGAACAUGCUGAGAAUAAGCACAACAAGGCCAUCAAAGAGUGCUUCCCAGACUGGGCUCCUCCAUCAUAAACUGCAAUAUCCCGUUCAUUCAAAUUCUUUCAUCUACUCAUCUCUUUCACUUAUUUACCAUUUUAGAAUAAUGCCAACAAAGAAAACUGUAUCAACAAAAAACAUCUGUCCUAGAUUAUUAACACC